UUUUUAAAAUUUUUUUAUGCCAACAUGAUUAACUAGACCUAACUGAACCAAAACCUCCUCCGUUGAACUCGACCUGAACCUAAUUCUUCAUAUCAAUGGCGUCGUUUGCUGUUCAUUCGCCCAAAACAUCGGCUGUGUUCGCGUUUCAGCGAAACAGGCGCAGUGCUGAGCACGGCCAAAACUCUGGUGUUCAUUUCAAAUGGAGUUUGAAAUCCAACACUGCUUUCAUUGCUGGAACUCCCCCUCUAGGGUUUACGGCAUCAAAGAAGUAUGAGAAAAAUGGUAUGGCAAUAUCUGCUCAGCAUAAAAAGGUAAUAUUUUAUUGUUGCCUUCAGAAAUCAAAUUCUUCACCAUCUUCUGAAAAGUCGGUGGAAUCAACUUCAUCAGAAAUCACAAUUCCCGAUGCUGCAUCAGUGUCUGCAUUAAUGAAUCAAGUGGCAGAGCUUGUUCGGCUUGUGGAUUCACGAGACAUUGUGGAGCUGGAACUAAAGCAACAGGGCUGUGAAGUUGUGAUAAGAAAGAAGGAAGCUUUGCCGCUACCACCACCACCGCCAGCAUCUCCUAUGGUUAUGAUGCAAUCACCGCAACCCCAGGCUAUGUAUCAAUCACAACCACCGCCACCACCACCACCACCGACAGCAGCAGCGGCACUAGCAGCUCCUUCUGCACCAGCAACCCCUGCAAAGCCAAAGUCUUCCCAUCCUCCGUUAAAAUCCCCCAUGGCUGGAACCUUCUAUCGUUCUCCUGCACCAAACGCACCCCCUUUUGUCAAGGUUGGAGACAAGGUUAAAAAAGGUCAAGUUGUCUGCAUUAUUGAGGCAAUGAAGUUGAUGAAUGAGAUUGAGGCUGAUCAAUCUGGAACGGUAGUUGACAUUCUUGCUGAGGAUGGAAAACCAGUUAGUCUGGAUAUGCCUCUACUUGUUAUCGAGCCAUGAGGGAAAAUCCGUCAAGGACCGACUAGCUUAGGUUGCAACACAUUAUUUUUGUACAACUCAUGUAAGAAAACACAACUAACCAUUUGAAAUGAGGACCAUCUGAUCUAUCAUGAUUCUAACCAUAUUGGAUCAUAUGUCAAACUCAAAUCAUGGUAUGACAACGCCUCUGUAAUGUGUUCUUGUAAGCUACAAAUGGGUAGAAAAGAUGAAGUAUGUUUGUUAUGAUGGGUAAACUUGGUAUCCUAUCUUUAAGUCAAUUGUGUUUUCCUUGAUCAACGGAAUGGAAAUCAAUUAUCUUUUGGUUGA